CAGCGACAAAACAAAGCAAAGCAUAGAAAUACGGAUUUCGAGAUGAAAUAAGUAAGUUAAAGAAGAUUGUUUAUAUUCCGGUCAGCUAAAGGUCGGACAAAUGAAUUUACUUGGUAAAUUUCGUGUUCAUCAUGACGCGGCGAAAAAGUGUGUGCUUAAAGUGGACUUUGGUUUUAUUCGUAGUUGUUGUUUGUCCGUUAGUUCAUUCGCGACCUCAAGAAGCUCCGACAGCGAUCAUCAGUUCUUCAACAAAUAGUGUUCAAACAGAUAUAGCUACAGAGAAUCCUAUAAGGAGUUCGAGUUCAAAGAUAGACGAUGUUACGAUAAAGAUUGAAGAAAUCACAAGUGCUGCUCCAGCAACACCAAAUGCACCAAGAAACGUUAAGACAAAGAGUCCAGUCAUUCGUGAAUCAAUCAAAAUGGUGACAAAUCAACUUCUGCAGAAUCCAUCAAAUACUACUCUCGAAACACCUAUCGUUGCUGACACUAGAAUACCACCAAAGUUAAAAAACCAAAUCCUCAAACACAAGACAAGAAACGAAGAUGGAGAGAAACCUAUAGAAAAUGCUCAUCCUGGAAUUGCUGUACCUGUUACAAUGGAAGAACUAGAAAAGGAAAAUAAAGUCAGUGAAUCUUCUACCUCCAAUGAAGGCAUUUCUACUUGGAUUUUAUUAAGUAAUCCGUCAGGCAAAGAUAAUAUUACAUCCACAGAACCUACUAAAGCAGAAGAGCCACCAAAGAAACAAAAGCCAGCAAAUCCUUCGAAAAAUAAGACUAAGAGACCACAAACUAACAAAGUAAGUUCCGGGAAACGUCCAAUCAUUGGUAGCACAAAUAAAUCUGAUCUUGUUGCGGGAGGUUCAGCAAUAAAUGAAAAUGUUUUCAACAAAAUUAAGGACACAGUACUGUCUAACGUGCAGAAAAAUAAAAACACUUCAACUCAGAAGACGACAGUCACAACCACAACCACAACAACUACUACAGUUUCUCCUUCAACAGAAGCUUUAACUACUAAAAAAGAGCCAACUACCAAAGCACCAAGUUCAGUGGUUCAAGUAAAAGUCACAUCCAAGCCUUCAAAGAAAAAGAAUAAAAAUAAACAUAAAAGUACAACUCCUGCACCAAUCAUUUCAGACAGUGAAUCCGCACUUCUUCCCAUGGAACCUAAAGAGCAAGAAAUUGAACUUGAAAUUAGUACCCCACCAACAACUACAAAGAAACCAAAACGCGUGUCAACUAGAAAAAAGAACAAGACUAAGAAGCGUAAGACUUCAAAGCCCAAACCAGAAACUUCAACGGCUGUCAGUGACGUAAAGACUAGUAACAAAACUAAAUCAACAAAAACUAAAAAACCAUCUGCUACAAGUCUUACAGGACCAAUUACGUCACAAAUCUAUAAUUACUUCUCUAGAGAAGUUAUGCCGACAGUCGGUGUAGGUGCUUUGGGUCUAGCCACUUUAGUUGGUUUAGCUGGGUAUUUCUUAUAUCCUUUCGCCACUCCAGUAAGAAGAACAUUUGAAGUUGAUAAGAAAGAUGACAUUUACAGACACAAUGCUGAAGAAUACGCAAACGAAGGUAACGGACAAGCCGAAGAAGAAAUGCUUGGAACAGUUCUAGCUGGAAUGCCAGCGCACUCAAAACAUAAACUUAACCCUUACGCUGGUCAAACUGCUCAUGUAAACCGAUACCCAGUAAAAAAAGAACAGGAUAUUAAAUAUCGCCACGUAGCUACUAAAUACGAGCCUAAUUAUAAUGUUCGUUACCCUCAACAAAAGACCGGAAUAGCUCAUGGAGCAGUAUAUGCUGAACCUAUUAAUUACAAUCCGCAUCAGUAUGAGACAAGACAUGUUUACACAACAGAGGGUAAAUAUGUCUAUAAUAAAGGACCAAGUGAUUACACACCUUCUCCGGUUGAACCAAUUUAUGCCGCGCCUCAGACAGGGCCAUCAAGUAUUUCAGCUUAUGGAAGUGAAUCAUCAAACUCCGUUGUUUACGGUGUAAAACCAUCCUCUGAUACAGAUUUUAAGCCCGUAUAUCCCUUCGAGGGACAAUUCUAUUCUAGCGAAACAACAAGCAGCCCUAUGACUUAUCCUCCCACCUCCAUGUAUUUGGGUUCAAAUAACGAUGCUGAUGAACAGAAAUAUUCUGAAGAACAAACAUACUCCGACGAAACUAAUUUAAGUUCGGGCGCCGAUGACAACAAAUUUGUAGUAGGAAAUGUUCCCAAGGAAUUGGUUGAUACAGCUACUCCUGCUGUAGUUCCCGAACAUGGUCCGAGGAAUCUGAACAGAAGAAAGAGAAAUUUAAAUCGUCGUAAGCGCAGCAUUUCGACGUCUAUUGAAGAAAUUUUGAAAGAAGCUAAAGAAAACAACAAGGACACUUUUAUUAGCAACGAAAUCGACGAAUCCCUUGGUCUGCCAAUAAGAAACCUGGCCCCUUUUGAGUCCAGGCCUGUAAUAAAUGACGCCACUGCCAUGCCCGAAAUGAAAGAUGUAUUCACGGUAUAUGGGGUGUUAACUGAUUCUAAAGUAGAUAAAACAACAGAAAUACCUACUACUUCAAAGAGUGAGUUUAUCGAAAGCGUUUCAACGAUACCAAUAGACUUUAAUCGCCAAGGCAAAACAACGACAGAGCCUGACAUACCUACCGAACUUGAAACAACAACGAAACCGUUUAGAGUAUACGAAGUCUUCACUUCCAAUAAUCCAACUGACACAACUGACAUAAGCAGUCCUUUGUUGAAUCCUAAGGCCGACUAUACGACUCAGUCCAAAACUAUGAAUACUGAGACAACUACUGAAUUGAAAUCUGAGACAACAUCGACUAUGCCACCAUCUUUACCACCUGUUAAUGUACCUGUAUCUACGAGUAUAACAACUCAAAAACCUACAAAUAAUCCUGAAGUAAUAACUUAUCCACCUUUAAAUCAAGGUGGAGGAUUUUUCACAUUCCUAAAGCGUCUAAUAGAAUUCAAAUAUAGAUUAGGCCUUAGUAUUUUACAAACAACAUCAGAAAAUUUAAAUAGAUAUUUGCGCAGUUUGGAAAAUUCUGCUUCAAAAGUUGCAAACGCAUCAAAAACGUAGAUAUAAAUUUUUGGUUAAGUUGUUAGAUACUCAUAUUUUUGAAUUAUUUAUUCGCCUUAUGCAUAUUUUUGAAUAUGAAAAUAGUAAUCAACACUUUUGUAUUUCAAUAUGAAUAUUUAAAAAUACAGCGAUUCAUCUAUAUUAGCUAUUAAAUAUUUAGUACC